UGCAUUUGAAGUGCACUUUGAAUUGGGACAGCCGUCGUCGCGUGGCGGUGACGUACUCGCACUUGAAAUGCGUACUUCAAGCGUGCAUACCCUGAAUUGGGACACAGCCAGAUAGCCGUCUUAACUAUAUUCUAACUCUACAAUUUCCCAAUUGCACUUUCCUCUUAUUUCACAACACCACCCUCUAGUGGUGCAAUAUGGUAUAGUCAGACAGGACACAACAUCACUCACUAGCUUACUCUUCAAACGUGGCAAGUGAAAUCUCCCGCAGCAAGCUUAAACGUGCUAGAGGUUGACUGCGCAGAGAAUUUAAAAAAAAAAAUCUCUGGCAUGUGUAAAGACAGAUGGAUUUACGCAGGUAUUUUAGUUCUGCUGUGCCAAAAAAGACAGGUCAGGAUGAAGAAGGGACAGGCAAAGAAAGGCCUACCACAAAGCGGAAAAGUUAGGACAAAUCAGACUACGAGGCAAAAAGAAAGCGCAGUUUUUUGGAUUCAUGGACAAAAGAAUUUCUGUGGCUGGAAUAUGACAAGGUAAAUAACAUGAUGUUCUGCCGGGUGUGUCGUGAGUUUCCCUCUAUUUCUGAGUCGACAAGCGCCUUUGUUACUGGGACCAGUAAUUUUAGGAAAGACCCCAUCAGAACUCAUGAGAAAUCUCUGCAUCACAAGAAAUGCAUUGGUGCUCAGUCUGCAGCAUCUGUCCCAGAACAAACACCAAUUGCAAAAACCAUACUAAAAAUAAACCAAGCACAACAAGAAGUCCUGAAAAAGCUGUUUAGAACUGCGUACUAUGUUGCAAAGAGUGAACUACCACUGGCAAAAUUUAGCAGUCUUUGCAAACUUCAGAAAGCAAAUGGCCUCGAUCUUGGUUCCACUUACCUCAAUGACCAUGCUUGCAGAGAGUUUAUUGGAGCAAUAGCACAAACUUCAAGAGACCAGAUUGAAAAGGAAAUUCAAGAAAGCAGGUUCUUAUCCAUUCUUGCAGAUGGCAGUACAGACACUGGUAUAAUAGAACAGGAGUUGGUUCACGUCAGGUAUGUGAGGGAUAAUGGUGACAUAGCCACAUACAUGAUCAAGCCAGUCAAGAGUGCAAAUGCUGCAGGUAUUUUAGAGGCUAUUGAUGAAGCAGUGAACACCAUGGGUAUCAGAGAAGACACAUGGAAAAAGAAAGUAGUGUGUGCAAAUUUUGAUGGUGCUGCAGUGAUGAUGGGUGAGAAAACAGGAGUAGCUGGGAGACUGAAACAGAGGAUACCCCACAUCAUAACAAUCCACUGUGUGGCACACAAACUAGAGCUAGCCGUGCUGGAUAGCGUGAAAGGCUGUGAGUACCUGGUGAAAUUUGAAGAUACACUGAAAACCAUCUUUAAGAUGUACUACUAUUCCCCAAAGAAGCGAAGAGAGCUGACAGAAAUAAGUGAACUGCUAAAUGAGAGGCUGGCACAUUUCAGUGGCCUGAAGAGCACACGGUGGCUUCCAAGCCGGCUGAGAUGUCUAAAGGCUGUGGAAAAAAAUUACACUCCCACUGUUGUUCAUAUGGAGAACAUGGCAGAAGGAAGUGAUGUCAAAGCCGAGGAUGCAGCCAAGGCUAAGGGGGUGGUGCAGGAGAUGAAGACUGAGAAAUUUGUUCGCUUCCUGCAUUUCAUGUUGGACUACAGUACCGUCUUAUCCAAGUGCUGUACUGAUUUUCAGCAUGAUAACCUAAACAUCACACGAACAAAUCAGUUAGUUGAGAGCACAACAUCACGCUUACUCAGCCUAAAAACAAAACCAGGAGAAUAUCAGAAAACCUUGGACACAAAGUUCACAGCGAACCAGGAUGGUAGCAUUUGCUACUGUGGAACUCAGCUAACAAAAAGUCAGCGACCUGCUAGAAGAGGUGAGGGAACAGACAAAGACACCUUUGGUGCAGAGAUUCAGAAGAUUAUUGACAACACAGUCAAGUACAUGGACAACAGAUUUAAAAAUCUCCAUGAAAAGCCUCUCUCUUGUUUCAAGGUUUUUGACCCUUGCACUCUUCCCUACCCCAGAGAAGAACUAGCAAAUUAUGGGGAUGAAGAGGUGGAUUAUCUUGUCACACAUUUUGCCUGUUUGCUAGAUGCAGAAGAGAAAGAGAAAAUUCCACAAGAAUGGAUGGAUCUAAAAGUGUGGCUUGCAGAACGCCGGGGUCGCAAAGUAGAUUGCUUGUACAGAGCUCUCCUCUCUGAGAAUCCAGAACAUCUCUCUCAUAUCUUGUUGCUGGUGAAAUUAAUGCUGACACUUAGUCCAUCAACAGCCAUCUGUGAGAGAGGAUUUUCUUGCAUGAACCGAGUGAAGACAACACAUCGUACCUCUCUACACCCUGAAACACUGAAUGACUGCAUGCAACUCUCCAUUAAUGGGGAAACAGUUGAAUCUUUUUGCCCUGACAAGUCGAUUCGUUUCUGGAUGUUUUCUGGAAAAGGUUCAAGACACCUGGAUCAUAAAACCCCGACAAGAACAAAGAGCAGUGAAAUGGAGGGCAACGCACAGGAAGAGAAAGCUGAUGAAGGAGAUGCUAUGCCCUCAACAUCGAGUGGCAUUUUCUCAUCCGAGACUUCAGUGGAAAUUUCAGAUUCAGGAUCUGACACAGACUAAUUCGUUCUACACAGUUCUAACAAGUUCACAGAAAAUUCUGUUUAAUUAGAACCAGAUAUUUGAGUUGAUUGUAAUGUUUAUACAGUUGUUGUAAUUUGUGUUUUAAAAAUUUUUUGAUUGAUGUUUUGUUUCCUUUACAAUAUUAUACAAUAAAAAUAAUCUUUUUUU